AUGUCGGACAAAUCGAAGCGCGUCGUCUUCUUCCACCCAGAUCUGGGCAUUGGUGGCGCUGAGCGUCUCGUUGUCGACGCUGCCGUGGGUUUGCAGGAUCUUGGCUACAAGGUGACUAUCUUCACCUCGCACUGCGACAGCAGCCAUUGCUUUGAUGAAGCGCGCGACGGGACUCUGGACGUGCGCGUCCGCGGCAACUCGAUUGUACCACCCUCUAUCCUUGGGCGCUUCUCCAUCCUUUGCGCCGUAUUGCGUCAGGUACACUUGAUUCUGCAAAUCGCCUGGCUGUCCUCCGAGCUGCGCCAAUUGGAACCGGAUGUCUUAUUUCUCGACCAGCUGAGUGCCGGCGUACUGCUGUUGAGAUUGCUCUCGUCCGCACGCAUCCUCUUCUAUUGCCACUUCCCGGACAAGCUGCUGGCGCAGCGAGAAAGUCAAGUCAAAAGCUUGUACAGGGUCCCGUUUGAUCUAUUGGAAAGCUGGAGCACCGGCUGCAGCGAUGUUAUCGUGGUCAACAGCAAUUUCACAAAGGGCGUAUUUAAGCAGGCCUUCCCUGCCCUGGGAGAGAGAGAUCCCGGUGUCGUAUACCCGUGCGUUGAUACUGAGGAUGCUAAGAGCCAGGAAGAGCCGCUCUGGGAGAACAAGGCCGUGUUCUUAAGUAUCAACAGAUUCGAGCGCAAGAAAGAUGUCGGGCUCGCCAUCCGGGCUUAUGCAGGACUAACGCCAGAGGAGCGACAAGGCACUCGACUAGUCAUCGCCGGCGGCUACGAUCAGCGCGUGCCGGAGAACUCAUCUUAUUACGCCGAGCUCUGCGAACUCGCGUCAUCCUUCAAGCUCAAAACCCUUACCGUCGAAACGGAUGUUACGACGCUCUCUGUCCCCGAUGACAUCGACGUGCUAUUCCUGCUCUCGAUCUCUAAUAGUCUGAAAGCGACAUUGCUAACCUCCGCGCGGCUGCUCGUCUACACUCCGCGGAAUGAGCAUUUCGGCAUUGUUCCCUUGGAGGCCAUGUUGGCGGGUACCCCCGUGCUCGCCGCUAACGAAGGCGGCCCCCUCGAGACGGUUGUUGAUGAUGAGACGGGCUGGCUACGCAAUGUCGCUUCCCCUAAGGAGUGGACUGACGUCAUGCGGAAGGUGCUGGAUGUGCCGGGGGGCGUGGGGCGGGAGCGCCUGGAGGGUAUGGGCGCGGCUGGCCAGGAGCGCGUGAAAGCGGAGUUUUCGAAGCGUAAGAUGGCGCAACGCUUGGAGAGGUAUAUUCAGAGUAUGCAGGGUGCAGAGCGUCCGCCUGUUGUUGAUGCCGAGACGUUCAAGCUUUUUGUGGCGGCUGUAGGUGGCCUGGCGGCUUAUACGGCUAUCAAGGCAUUCUCUUAG